AUGAAAUUCCUCUUGAUCUCAAUAGCAUUGCUUUCGUUGUAGGUGAACAGUCUAAAUGUAAUUUCAACAAGCACUUGCACAUGCUAAACAGUUUAGGUACUAAAGGAUUGCCUUAUGAACCCUAAAUGUGAAUGGGAUAGUACCACUUAAAAGUGUAAAGAUGUAACAACAACAGGAACGACAUCAAGAUUCGUAUCAAAGCUUUGUACAGAUUCAAAGACUUGUGCAAAGUAAUAGGGUUGUGCUUUUUCUGAUAAUAAAUGUCUUAUGAUGGGAGAUUGUCAAUCAUAUUUGGGUAGUUCAAAUGCUGAAUGCCAAAAGUAUUCUUAUAGGUGCAAUUAUAAUAAAGAAUUAUAAACAUGCACAUCAAGUGAUGUAUGUGGUUAAUAUGGUGGAGAAGGCAAGCAAACUGAUUGUGAAAGUGUAACUUAAUAGAAUGGAGAUAAAUUAUGUAAAUUUGAUACUACAUCAAAUAAAUGUUCAAAGAAAGUAUGUACAGAUUAUGAAAAAACAACAGAUGCUGAUUGUGCAGCAGUAUUGUAGGAUGCUAAUUGUGUAAGUGACAAAAAGAAGUGUUUAUCUUCAUUAGCUUCAUGUUCAUCAUACUCAGCAGACUUGUGCUUAAGUAUAACUGCAUCAGAUGGACCAUGUGAAUAAUCUAGUGAUAAAACCAAAUGUUAAGCAAGGACAUGCGAAGGUGCAACAGAUUCAAAGGCUGAUACUAACUGUGAUGCAUACUUAAAAGGAUGUAUAACCAACAAUUUGACUUGUGUUAAGACUUUACCUUCUUGUUCAACUUAUAAAACUACAGAUUGUACAUAAUUGAAAGGAAACAAAGGAACUUGUGUAUUGACAACAGGUGAAACUCCCACUUGUAGGGAUCCAAUUUGCGAAGAUCUUUCAGAAGUUACAGAUGAUGCUUGCAAGGCAAAAAAUACUUCUUGUGUUACAAAUGGAGUUAAUUGUGUUUCAGUCUUAGCCGCUAAAUGUCAAGAUUUAUCUGCAAAUUGUGAUAGUGUAUUCACUAAAGAAGGAAAGUGUAAAUCAGGCACUGAUACUAAAUGUGUUCUUGAUGCAUGUGAAGAUUAAUCUAAAACAACAAAUGAAGAGUGUGGCAAAUUUGCUGGAACUGAUUCACCUACCUGUGUCACCAAUGGAGUUUUUUGUGUCAAAAGUUUGUCAGAAACCUGUGCUACUACAAAAAUAUCAGAUAGUACUAGCUGUGACUAAUAUAUCAGCAAGGAAGGAAAAUGUAAAGCAAAGACUGGAUCGACAACAACCUGCGAGUUAAAUUCUUGCAAUACAUAAACAUUCACAACCGAUGAAGAUUGCAAAAAAUAUUCAAGUCACGAUUUAGCACCUGCAGUUAAUUGUAGAACAACUGGUCUUAAAUGUGUAGACAAUUUAAAUACUUGCAAUUCAUAUUCCAAAGAUGACGGAUGUUCAUCACUCAAAGGAUCUGAUGGUUCAUGUAUGGAUGAUGCUACUGAGGGAUCUACAAAAUGUACAGUAGUCACUUGUGAUAAGAUUGCAUCACCUUCUGCUACAUCUUGCCCAGCUGGAAAUACAACUUGCAAAUUCGAUGGAGUUGCUUGUAUAAAAGAAUUGAAGACUUGUGAAAGUUACACAUCUAAUUGCGAUAAUAUAAUUCCAAAAGAUUCUACUUUAUCUUGUACAACAAGCCCAACUGAUUCUACUAAAUGUACUACUAAGACUUGUGCUACUGCUCCAACUAGUUUAUCUACCGAUGUAGAUUGCAUCAAAUACAAAGUAGGUUGUUUCACAACAGGUUAAGGAUGUAUUGCUUUGUUAUCAACCUGUGAUACCUAUAAGGGUAUUAAGAGUUCAUGCGAGAAGUAUAUUGGUACAGACGGCAAAUGUACUGCUGACGAUGCCAAUAAAGCUGAAGAUAAAUGUAAAGCUAAGGAUUGUGCCAAUGCUACUUCAGUAACUAAUGAUCAACAAUGCAAUACUUAUUCUAAUGUGUGUUUCUACAGUGCUAAGAUUCAAAAGUGUUCUAAAAAGGUUGCCACUUGCAGUGUUUAAAAAACUUAAACUGAUUGUGAGAAUUCAAUCACAAAAGAGGCUUCAGUAUACUGUAAUUGGAAUGGUGCCGCCUGUGUUCCAGCUACCUGCAACACUAUUUAGAAUGUGAAAAGCAAGGAGGCAUGUGCAGUCUUUGGAUCUAAUUGUGAAUUUGAUAAUUUGAGUGGAUGUAAAGACAAGACUAAUUAUCCUUGUUCAGCACUUAGAUAAGCUAGUGUUUGCUUAUAAGAUUCUGCAUAAAAUGCUUGUGUUUGGGAUUAUACUAAUAGUGUUUGUAUUACAUAUAAUAAAUGUACUGAUUUCCAAUUAACACCUGCCAAAGAAAAUGAAGUUAAAACUGCUACCUAAAUUGCAGCUGAGACAGAAAUUUGUAAAUUGUUAUCAACUAAAUGUUAUUCUAAUGGAGGUAAUACAUGUGUUUAUAAAACACCAUGCACUGUUAUUAAAGAAGAAAAAAGUUGUAUUGGUAGCAUAGGAAUAGAUGAUAAGGCUUGUGGUUAUGAUGCUAAAGCAACAGCUUGUAAGACUUUUGGUCAAUGUACUGAUGUUGAAUUAUUAACUCAUGCUGAAUGCCAAAAGUAUAGCACUACAUGCACAACAGAUGGUAAAACUUGUGUAGCCAUAAAAAAUUGUUCUGAUGCUACUGCUAAGGAAAUAUGCGAUCUUGGAGGAAUAGAUGGAAAAUGUUCAUGGACAGAUAAUGCUUGCACUCUCUGGAGUUGUGAUAAGGGUACAGGAACUACUCACGAAACCUGCAAUAAAUAAUUAGCAACCUGCACUACUGAUGGUACUAAAUGCAUCGCCAUUUAGGAAUGUAGUGCUUACACAUCAGAUAAAAGUUGCGUGUUGGGAUUAAAGAGCACUCCAUGCUUUUAUGAUAAAGAUAAAUCAGCAUGCAGAAAUAAAGUAUGUUCUGAUUACACUAAUGUGACUGCUUAAGCUGAUUGCGAUUCAGCUAAUUGUGCUUAUGAUCCCGAAGCCAAAGCUUGCAUCGCUAUUGACAAGUGUUCUGCUUAUAAAAAGGAAGGUGUUUGUAAUGCCAAUAUAAACACAGAUAAGAAGGGGUGUGUUUGGAAAGUAGGAAGCACUUCAAGUUCAACCAGCGGAUGUUUAGAUCUGAAUUAUUGUUCAAAUGCUUCAUCUAACGAGGCCAAAUGUAAGAGUAUAAAUUGCUACUUUGUUGCAGCCACUACUACUGGUACAACAACUACUGAAUCCCAAUGCAAAGAUAUGGAUUGUUAUGGCAAUAAUCAAUAGGUCACAACCAAAGGUCUAUGCAAACCAUAUACAACCACCAGCACUGAUGGAAAGACUAAAAAUAUAUAUUUCUGUAUUUGGAAUGAUACAUCCAAAAAGUGCAUUGAUGGAGAUCCUUCAGGAGAGUUAACUGCUGACAAUUGCUUUACAUUAUCAUAGUACACAUAUUAUUGGAGUACAACUUCAAGCAAGUGUGUUUCAUGCAAAGGGGGAAAUACAUCAACAAAUAAUACCACAAAUUCAACGAAUUCGACUAAUGAUUCAACGACCACAACUGAUAGUUACGGAAUUAGAUUAGAAUUAAUAAUAUGCAUCCUAUUAUUGUUCUAAUUAAUUUGA